ACGAGCGCGGCGUCGCGUUGCAUUCUUGUAUUCUUACCGUAAAAACACCCACAGCGGACAAAUUAGUUAAUUCUACAGCUUACAAGCGGCGAUUUCCAGCCGUUGGACGUGCAAACAUUGAGUUGGUGGACAAUUUCAGCAGAAAAACUGCUGCAGAAUGACAGACUUUGAUAAUCUUUCUGAUGAUGCACUGCGAACCAAACUGAUUGAGCAUGGGUUUCCUGUUAUGCCAAUCACAGGCACCACCAGGAAGAUAAUGAUCAAAAAGUUGAAGCUUUUACAAGAGAAUAAAAAGAAGCAGAAUGCCAUUGAGCGAAGAACAAUGGCUAAAUAUUCUUCGGAUGAUGACAGUGAAGUAGAUAGAAAGGUAAAAACACGCCGGGCUACAGUUGCGCCUGUUGUCAAUGUAAGAACAUCAACAAAGGUGCAAACUAAUGGAAACCACGACAAGAAAUCAGUUGCGACUGCGACUUUAAAACCGAAGUUUAAGAGUCGUGGUGUUGAGGUCCGCCAUUUUGUGGGGGAUACCAGCUCGGAUACUGAAACAGAAGUGGUGUUAGCACCUCGUAAAGCGGGGAAAAACAAUCAGAAGAGUAGGAGAGACGUGGAUUACUCUCAGAGUGAUGAUACAGAUGAGGAUAACUCAUUGGGCAUAAACAUGAAAAACACAUCAUCAUUCUCCAACACUUCGAUGACUUCAUCAUCUUCAGUGGAUUCCCCACCGAAAUUAUUCACAACUACUCCAAGAGUAAACACUCCGUCUCUACAACGUCCACAACCGGUGAUUCCACCCGCAAAAUCCACAUACUCCGCGUUUCAAUCAACUUUAUCACACUCUCAACAAGCCACGUCCACGCCGGGCGAUGAAUAUGAUUCAGAAACCAACAGACGCGCACGCCACACGACUUAUGGAUAUUUAUCACGCGCACAAGAUGAUAUCCCGCUGGAAAACUCGCCGUAUCUGCAGAAUUUCAGCAAGCGUUUAUCCCUGCUCACACAACAGCAACAAAAACAACGGGAUGAUCCCACUAGGCGUGUAAAACGCACAGAGAGACAAGAAAUAAGAGUACAGGCAUCAGGAGACAGCAAUAUUUUUAUCAGAACAAAGCAAAGAUUGAUGAAACUAAUCAAAAGUGACACGCGCCGUCGCAUUUCGACGAAUACAAACUGCCGGACGACUUCCACCGCGCUGAAAAGUGAAGAAAACACCGGGAAUUUCAUUUCCCUCGCGUUGGUUGCAGCUGUCGGCGUGUUUUUUGUUAUUUUACUUGCUCUCUACUAUGGAAUGCAUCGUGGAAGCAACACUAAUGAUAUAGUUGGCUUAAAAGUGCCUUAUUGCACAUCAACAGUAACCAUCGAUUGUCUCACGCAAGACGAAGCACUCGGCGGCAUAGAUUUAUACAAAAUCUUCAAGCCACAGCUGAUUGAACUCGCCAUCGACUAUCAUUGCGGUGAUUUACUCACUUCGACACCUUCAGAUGCUUCUAGAAAGAAGAAAACUUACAUGACUGACGCGGAUAUCGUGCGUUUCAUUACGAAUAACUAUAAAAUUCAAGACGAGCGCGCUAUUAGGCAAGAUAUCGAUAGUUUCGUGCUUAUUGCUCAUCAUAAUCAGUUUCUGGGUGUUUCUGUGCUCAUGGUUGAUGAAAACUCCGAUGGGGAUGAUUAUAAAAUCAUUGACGACGUUAAACAAUCUAAUCAAGAAUUACUAAAUGGGCAUUACACUCGCGCAUUCGCAGUGUUAUCACCGAGUUUACCAUGGAGAUGUUCAUUCUGGCAGAAAGUAAGCGCGUUGUUAAAAGCUACGGUUGUUAUUUUAAGUGUGGCGGCCAUUUUGCACAUCUCUAAGUAUGGUUAUAAGCACAUCAAACACUAUCAACACAAGAAAAAAGAAGAAGUGAUGAUGUUAGUGGAGAAAAUCCUGGAAAUAAUGCAAACACAAUCCGGAGAUGAUCAAUAUCUAGUGAUAAACCACGUUAGAGACAUGAUAAUAGCAAUUGAUCAACGUAAAACUAUGGAAGCAGCUUGGAAAAAAGCCUUGCAAUUCAUCGAUGAAAACGAAUCACGUAUCCGCACAGAAGUGCAAGUCGUCAAAGGGGAAUCCUACGAAGUAUGGCGCUGGAUCGGCGGACAAAAUGUCUCCAUGAACUGCACGAAUGCCUCCGCGAAUAAAUCUUGGCAGGGACAGGCGUUCGAAGUGCAAACACCGCCGUGUUCCCCAACGCCAUGCUUGAAAAUACGCGGUAUGAUUGACGAUGGUGAUCGCAACUGCAACAAGACGACGAUUCGCGAAGCCAUUUUGAGUAAAUGCGCACAAUGUCGUGUUUUACAUGUGUCGGUUGAUAUUAACACCAAGUGUGUGUAUCUGAAAUGCGCUGAUACGAAUGAUGCAGCUAUUGCUUAUCGCAGUCUGCAUGGCAAUUGGUUCGCUGGGCAUUUGGUGACGGUUAAGUAUUUGCGUUUGGAGAGGUAUAUGCAGCGGUUUCCCGAUAGUCCGUUGUCCGGACCGCCGUUUUUAAAGGUUUAGGUAAUUUUUGAGCAAUUUAUCAGUAAUGAAAUGAACAAAUGGUCGCGUUUUGGGUGAUUUGAUCAGCUGAUGCGCGGAUGUUCAUUGUUUCGAUUAAUUAUUCUUGUAAUUGUCAGUAUUUUUUAAGUUUCAGUAAACAUAAAUUGAUUUUUA